GAACAAUGCCUUGGCAGAAAAGGCGUUCGAAGUAGCUAAGGAGUAUGUUAGACGAAAUCCAAGUAUAGGCUUAGCGGUGGACCCCGUGAUCGUGGUCGGCAACCGAUCCGACGCUAAAGGCUUUUUGGAAAAUGUUUGCAGAAAAUAUAAUGACAUGCUUUCCGUGAAGAAAACACCGCACGUCGUUCUAGACUUUACGAUGACCGGCGUGGGCUCGGAGACAAUAAAGUCGUUUACUGCAGCGGUGGCAUUGCCUACGGUUACUGGCUCAUUUGGCCAAGCUGGUGACCUGAGGCAAUGGCGUACUCUCAACGUGAACCAAACUAAAUUCCUCCUACAAGUAAUGCCUCCAUCAGAUAUUUUGCCUGAAGCGAUAAGGGCCAUCGUAACUAAACAGGACACCACCAACGCUGCUAUAAUUUUCGAUGAGUAUUUUGUGAUGGAUCAUAAGUACAAAUCCCUCCUACAAAACAUACCCACCAGGCAUGUGAUAACGCCAGUCAAAAGCUUCAGUAAAGAUGAUAUCAAGACUCAACUUAGAAGUCUUAGGGAGCUGGACAUCGUGACCUUCUUUAUAAUCGGCAGUUUGAGAACAAUAAAGAACGUGUUGGAUGCGGCAGAUGAAAAUCAAUAUUUUGGAAGAAAAACAGCUUGGUUUGCUCUUUCGUUAGACAAAGGAGAUAUAAGCUGCGGUUGCAAAGAUGCUACUAUAGUCUACAUGCGACCAACACCGGAUGCGAAGAGCCGAGACCGAUUGGGAAAAAUUAAAACGACCUACAGUAUGAACGGGGAGCCAGAAAUCAUUUCUGCAUUUUACUUUGAUUUGUCUUUGAGGACAUUUUUAGCUGUCAAAUCUCUGCUGGACUCUGGCAAGUGGCCAAACGACAUGAAAUAUAUUACAUGUGACGACUACGACGGCAAGAAUACACCCAACCGGACCUUGGACCUCAAGUCUGCCUUCCAAGAGGUAAAAGAAACUCCAACAUAUGCGCCGUUUUACAUUCCUGAAGAUGAUCCGAUGAAUGGACGAAGUUAUAUGGAAUUCAGUACAGAUAUAUCCGCAGUAACUAUCAAAGAUGGAGCCUCUAUUGGAAGUAAAUCUUUGGGAUCUUGGAAGGCAGGAUUAUCGAAUCCACUACAACUGACGGAUCCGGAUAAUAUGAGCGAUUAUUCAGCGCAACUUGUCUACAGAGUUGUGACUGUAGAGCAAGAACCAUUCAUAAUACGAGACGAUGAAGCACCAAAAGGUUUUAAGGGCUACUGCAUUGACCUGAUAGAAGAAAUUCGACAAAUUGUCAAGUUCGACUACGAAAUCACCCUCUCGCCUGACGGAAACUUCGGGGUUAUGGAUGAAAACGGAAACUGGAACGGCAUUAUCAAAGAGUUAAUAGAAAAGAGAGCCGAUAUAGGUCUAACUUCACUGUCUGUUAUGGCAGAGAGGGAGAACGUAGUGGAUUUUACUGUGCCGUAUUACGAUCUAGUGGGAAUAACGAUUUUAAUGAAAUUGCCUCGGCCUCCGACGUCACUGUUCAAGUUUCUUACAGUAUUAGAGAAUGAUGUAUGGGCUUCGAUUUUGGGCGCUUACUUCUUUACAAGCUUCCUAAUGUGGGUAUUCGAUAAAUGGAGUCCCUACAGCUACCAAAACAACCGGGAAAAAUACAAAGAGGACGAGGAGAAACGAGAAUUUACGUUAAAGGAGUGUCUGUGGUUUUGUAUGACGUCACUCACCCCACAGGGAGGAGGGGAAGCGCCCAAAAACCUGUCCGGGAGAUUGGUGGCAGCUACUUGGUGGCUGUUUGGUUUCAUCAUAAUAGCCUCGUACACAGCGAACUUAGCGGCGUUCCUCACAGUCUCCCGUUUGGACACCCCCAUUGAGUCCUUGGACGAUCUGUCCAAGCAAUACAAAAUUCAGUACGCGCCGCUCAACGGGUCUGCUGCCAUGACUUACUUCGAACGAAUGGCUAACAUUGAAGUCAAAUUUUAUGAAAUAUGGAAAGAAAUGAGUUUAAACGACAGCCUAAGUGAUGUGGAACGAGCAAAACUCGCAGUAUGGGAUUACCCAGUGAGCGACAAAUACAGCAAAAUGUGGCAAGCGAUGAAAGAAGCCGGACUUCCAAACUCGAUAGAAGAGGCUGUUGAACGCGUUCGGGACUCCAAGACCACCAGUGAAGGCUUUGCGUGGUUGGGUGAUGCCACAGAUGUGAGAUAUCAAGUGUUGACCAGCUGUGAUUUGCAAAUGGUUGGGGAUGAAUUCUCGAGAAAACCGUAUGCGAUUGCCGUGCAGCAAGGCUCGCCAUUGAAGGACCAGUUUAAUAAUGCGGAAUAUCCACAACAUAGUGGUGGAACCCCGACCUACGUCGAGUCCCCCGAUUAUGGAAAGUGGAAGGAGGAAUUAAAUUAUGCCAUUCCUUUCGUGAUAUAUCCUGUAGAAUAUCGAUAA